CCCCCUUCCCAAACACCCUUGCGCAGUAACUCGAGCGAAUAUCGCGAGAGGCAGCCGUGUUGCUGCCGAGGAGGUAAUGCUGAGAUUAAUCGGUUCCGUCGACUACUUCGUAGGUGACUCUGUAGCCGUAGCUUUUGGACUUGCGCACAGAACUGCUCUGGAAUACACGCCGACCGGCUCUCCACCUUUUGGGCAUCAUUGGUCCCGACUUUUAGGUUUACCACGUUCUUAUUCGCUCAUGCAAUCGGCUUCAGGGCGACGGCGGGACGGCGGGACCGAGGAAAAUUUCUGCACAAUUCCAAGUCGCACUUGUUUUGCUGUUCGAGGGGUUGGUUCAUGAUAAAAAAGAUCGUCCACACAAACUUUUACCCCGCCUUGACCGACCUCACUGGCUCAUCUUCAAGUUGGCUCUGUUCUACUCACGGCGUCUCCUCUCCAAGCCGCCUCACCAAAUCCUCAAUUACCUGCGUCUCAGCCAAAUUCGAAAAAUGGGUGACAUUACACACGCUACCAUCCAGGAUGGGUGGUUCCGCGAGAUCUCCGAGAUGUGGCCCGGCCAGGCCAUGACCCUCCGGGUCAAGAAGGUGCUGCAUCAUGAGAAGAGCAAGUACCAGGACGUCCUGAUCUUCGAGUCCACCAACCACGGCAACGUGCUGGUCCUGGACAAUGUCAUCCAGUGCACCGAGCGGGACGAGUUCUCGUACCAGGAGAUGAUCACUCACCUGGCCAUGAACUCGCACCCCGACCCCAAGAAGGUCCUCGUCAUCGGCGGCGGCGAUGGCGGUGUCCUGCGCGAGGUCGUCAAGCACGAGUGUGUCGAGGAGGCCACCCUCUGCGACAUUGAUGAGGCCGUCAUCCGCCUCUCUAAGCAGUACCUUCCCCACAUGUCGGCCGGCUUCAACCACCCCAAGGUCAAGGUCCACAUUGGCGACGGCUUCAAGUUCCUCGACGACUACAAGGACACCUUUGAUGUCAUCAUCACGGACUCCUCCGACCCCGAGGGUCCCGCCGAGUCUCUUUUCCAGAAGCCUUACUUCAAGCUUCUCCACGAUGCCCUCCGCGAGGGCGGCGUUAUCACCACCCAAGCCGAGAACCAAUGGCUCCACCUGCCGCUGAUCACCAAGCUCAAGAAGGACUGCGGCGAGAUCUUCCCCGUGGCCGAGUACGCCUACACCACCAUCCCCACCUACCCCUCGGGCCAGAUCGGCUUCAUGGUCUGCUGCAAGGACGCCAACCGCAACGUGCGCUUGCCCGUCCGCUCGUGGAGCAAGGACGAGGAGCGCAAGCUGUGCCGGUACUACAACGCCGACAUCCACAAGGCCAGCUUCAUCCUUCCCACCUUUGCCCAGGAGGCCCUGGAAUGAGCGGUUCGCCAGCUUGACGGGGGAAAGGACUGAAAGGACGCCCGGGGUUUUGCGCCUUGGAAGGAGGGAGGCUCGGAUGAAAAAAAGGGGCUGCGGCAAGCACGGGGAUGAUGUUAAACUGAUAGGCUGCUGGAAAAGCGGGAUAGACGACGACCAUUCCUUGCUGGAUAAACUGCCACUGGGAUAAAUGGGGCACACAGGCUCUCCCAACAUCUGGAUAAAGAGCAAACCCCGGAAUAGACCAGCCUCCCUCCCAAUUCAUGCGUCGAUUCAUCACAAAAUGAGAAAGUGAAACACGGGCGAUAGCAGCACACACAUCCAUACAUACACACACAUACACGCCAUCAUCCGUUACAGACCCCCCAUCCACACCCAACCACCCACUCAUUGCACCCGACUAACAUCAGGAUACACAUCAAACCGCCUCUGAUCCCUCAACGGAAUCCCCCUCCUCGCCUCCUCAAUCCUCCCCCCAUCCAACU